AUGGCAUCAAUUUCAGUUGCGUUAUCCACCCUGGCCGUCAUCAUGAAUUUCAUGUGCAUCGUCCUUGCCUUCGACACUAGUCCUCUUCAAGAUUUCUGCGUUGCAGACUCUACUGGCAAAGAUUGGUGGGAAGAGAAGCACGGCAAGCCGCCGCAACCGCAAACACCCUGGAACGGUGGCGGGCACGCCGUCGCAGCAGUUGGAGGUGACGGUGGCAACGCCGUGCAGGGGGUCGCGCAAACCGCCGGUGCUGUCCAGCCAGGAGGAAGGACCGGAAAUGAAGCUGUUCAGCCGGUGAACACAACCGGGGCAGCAAACUUCGUCACCGGUGGAAGUGGGAGUGUUAUUCGUGAUUGGAGUGAAGAAUUGAUGAGGGAAGAGGCGGCGCCCGAUUCAGAUAAUUGUUUGGCUAACACUGUAAGUGCAGAAGAAAAUUCAAUUGAGACCGAAGAAAUGGAAAUUGAGGAAGUCGAGGUCGAAGGAGUUGACCCUGACACUGGGAGGUACAUACUUCCACCAAGGUCAAACAGAGGAGUUCCACCCAAAAGGUAUACACCAGAGAGGAUUGACAGGAAAAAGCGCAAGAUUCUUAAAAAAGGCGAUGUCUUUGUGGUCCCGGUCGGUCUCGUGCACAACGUGCAGAAUCUCGCCAAUGGACACACCGUUGCUAUGGUGGCCUUCAAUAGCCAGAAUCAUGGGAUAAAUAAUUUUCCAAACGGGAUUUUUUCGGCUGAACCUGCCAUCGACAGUGUUUAUCUUUCUAAGUGUGUCUUUGAGAUUUCUACUAGUGCUUGA